AUGCCGACCAUCGAGCGUUCCAGCCUCGUGGACGGAUUGUUGCUUCCCGUUAAGGUCGUACCCACGUCUUACCUCUACGACGAGCGCGGCUCGGCCCUGUACGACUCGAUCACGCGCCUCCGGCAGUACUAUCCGUUCCUGGAAGAACGCCGGCUGCUGAAGCAGCACGCGAAGGAAAUCGCGCAAUUGAUCCCGCGCGACGCUGUGGUGGUGGAGCUCGGAUGCGGGAACGCGCUUAAGACCCGCGUGCUGCUUCAGGCGAUUGCCGAACACCAUGGGAGGUGCCGCUUCGCGGGAAUCGACGUUUCCGAGGCGUUUCUGCUCGAGGCGCGUCGCAAUAUCUUGGCGGCGGUGCCGCGAAUGACGGCGGGCGACGUGGAGCUCGUGCAGGAGGAGUACUUAGACGGGCUGCGCUCCGUGCGGCGACGGCACCCCGACGCCACGCUCUGCGUGCUCUGGCUCGGCAGCAGCGUCGGUAACAUCCCUGAUGAAGACAUUGUGGAGUUCUUCACCACUCUGCACCGCAUUGGUGGAUCCAACAUGCAGCUGCUGCUCUGCACUGACCUCUGGAAGGACCGUGACGUGCUGCACGGCGCAUACGACGACGACCAGGGCGUCACAGAGGAUUUCAUCAAGAACGGCGCGCGCAACGCAUUCCAAUCGCUCGGCAUGCGCGCUGCUGACGUGGACGAGGUCGCGUGGAAGUAUGACGUGGUGGUGAACGGUGAACUGAGGCGCGUGGAGAUGUGGUUGGAGUUCCCGCAGUCCAUCUCGCUCCCUCACACGCCUGUCUCUAUCGGUGCGGGGGACCGCGUGCUGAUGGAGAUUUCGCGCAAGUUCACCCCACAGGACAUAGCAGCGCUGGCCAGCAAGUCCGCCAUGCUCAUGCACGCCGCGUGGCGCUCGCCUCUCUACGGCAUGCAGCUGCUGCUGCCGCAGACGCUCGCUCUUCUUGAGUGCUGGCGGGAUGCUGACGCCUUCUUUGAUGCUCUGGAUGACUGGAGCGUCAAGCCGAUUGAGUUCCGCCACCCCUUCUGCUUCUACUAUGGCCACUUAACAGCCUUCGCCAUUCUCAAGCUGCUCCCGGCACGCGCACCCACGGCCCUCGACACCAUGUUCUCUCGGGGCAUCGACCCGCUCCUCCUCGACCCCUCGCAGUGCCACGCGCACCCAGACGUGCCCCUCACAUGGCCUUCCCAGGCCGAAAUCCAGGCCUACGUGCGAGACGCACGCAGGGAGAUCAUGGCUGCAAUGCAGGCUUCAGCUGAGGGAGAGCAGGAGGAGGGAGAGAGGGCGGUGAAGGUGACAGCGCGGCAGGUGGCGCUAGCAGUGGAGCAUGACAGGAUGCACAUUGAAACCCUCUCCUACAUGCAACUACAGGCGGAUAAGCAAUCCUUCCUGGCAUCUCCACUCCCACUUUCCCCUCCUCCUUCUGAUGCUGACCUCCCUUCCCCGUCCUCCACGGCAACAGAACCCGCAUCUCUCCACCCGAACUCGCCGUUUAUCCUCGAAUCUCCUCAUCCCCCUGCCGCUGCAAAGCACAACUUGGCUCUACUUCGAGAGUCGCUGGCUGGUGAUCUCGAUGUGCUAAUCCCAGCAGGGAAGGUGGCCAUGGGCACCGAUGUGACUGGCGACAAGGACGGAUUCGUGUGGGACAACGAAGGCCCGCCGACCGUCUCCCUGGUGCCUCGGGAUUUCCUCGUGUCGUCCCAGCCAGUCUCGGUCGCGCAAUUCCAUGCGUUCGUGACUGAACUGAAGGGGUACAAGAGGGAGGAGCUAUGGGAGGGGGAGGACUGGGAUUUUCUGCAGAAGCAGGGGCUUACCUGCCCGGCCUCCUGGAGCUUUGUCAAGCGCAUGAGGGGUGGGAGUACGGACGGGGAGGGGAGCGGGGAGGACGGUGUGAUGAUGGCUGAUGAGGAAACAGCUGAUGGGAACGGGGAGAAAGUGGUGGGCGGGGAGGAGGAGGGAGAGUACUGGGUUCAUACUCACCUAGGCCUGGGCAAGGGAACAGAAGCGAAGCCUUGGUACGAGGUGGCAGAUGCACCUGUGUGGGUUAGCCUGGCUGAAGCCCAGGCGUUCUGCCGGGCUGCAGGGAGCGAGUACCGGAUUAUGAGCGAGGCGGAGUGGAACCAGAUUGUGUCUCAGCCGCCGCCGUUCCUUCUGCCGGCUGACAUCAUGUCUUUCAAUGACCAAGACGACGACGGCAACAAGGGGAAGUCUGGGAAGUUGUCUCCGCUGUCUGAGAACGGCAAGGGCAGCGGCAAGGGACUGGUUUCUGGGGCAACGACGACGAAGAAGCAGCACAAGGACGGGAAGUUAUCCCUGCUUGCCAAUGGUGUUGGGAAGUUUGAUCUCAACUCUGCUGAAGAACCGGCUGAAGAAGAUUCGGUCAUGGAAGGGAAUCGGCUAGCGGAGCUGCAGCAGAGCGUGCGGGAAGGAGGGUGGGAGUGGACCAGCUCUCCCUUCGAGCCGUUCCCAGGGUUUGAGAAGAUGGACGAGUAUCCUGAAUAUUCCACAGACUUUUUCGACGGCUGCCACUUUGUGCUCAAGGGGUCGUCGCCUGUGACGCACCCGUGCAUGGUUCGCGACUCGUUCCGGAACUACUACCAGCGCCAGUACCCGGUUGUGUUUGCCAAGUUCCGGUGCUGUAGGGAUGUGGCCAGGAGCGUUGUCUGA